AUGCUCUCACUUCUCCCUGGCCUCUGUAACAACCGACGAUAUCAGUACCUCACUUUGCAUGGACUUCCUGACUUCUCCUUCGACAACCUUAGCUCUAAUGUGUUAUUGUUAAGUUUGUUUGAGGCUUCACCACUUUCCCAAAGAAAAUUUUGUUGCAAGUGGAUUGUAUUCAAUACGAGAGAUGCAUGUAUGGAGUUUCCAUUUCAUAAGAUAGCUUUGAGAAGAAUGCAAUUAAAAAUGUUCAAAAAGUGGAAGAAUGAAUUUAUGGACCAUGAACUCAACAUGAAGUGCAGCAACAGAACACAACUAUUUAGCAACAUCUGA